AUGAAUGCCAACAAACCUAUCUCUAUGGGGAUUCUUGUUGUCAAUGAUGGCCUAGCAUGCCAAAGCAAUGUGUCAGAGGUGCUUCGACACUGCGAUUAUGAAGUUUUGCAUACUGGAACUGUUUAUGAUGCUUUACAUUCAAUAUGGGAGAACAAGGACAAGGUUGAUCUUGUUAUUACAGAUGUGCACAAGUUAGAAUCAGACGGCGUCACAAUCAUCAAAAAUAUUAAGGAAAAGUUGAAAUUGCAGGUUAUGUUGAUAGAUAUUGAUGAGAAGGCCGAGCUCAAAGGCGAGCCGCUUAGUUUCUCUGCGUAUUUUUUGACUGGUUUGAGCUUAAGUGGUUUGAGUCAUCUUCUGGUGAAUGCAAAACAAGUGAAGGAAGACAAAGUGGUGGCAGCAACUAAUCAGCAAGAAAAUGUUCAGAUAGCAUCCGUUUCUAAUGCUGUCGUUGCUGAAGCAAACAAGGAUUCUUUGUCGAUUGGGGAUGCAGCGCGCUUGAGCCAGAAACAGAAGGCUAUGGAGUUAUACGAGGAGACAAGUUAUACAGGGAAGAAGCGAAGAGUUACUUGGACAAAUAAAAUGCAUCAGAAAUUCUUGGAUGCAAUUGAAAGACUGGGAUAUGACAAAGCGGUUCCUAAGAGAAUAGUUGAAGUUAUGGGCGUCCCCGGGCUUACAAGGGAGAACGUUGCUAGCCAUUUACAAAAAUAUCGGUGGAGCAUGAGACGAACAAAGGAAACUGUCUUCGGCUCACAUUUGACAGGUGAAGAUCUUGUCUUCGGCUCCACAAUGGGGACGGAGUUCUACACAAGAAUCAGAAGUGAUGUGAGAAACAUGAUGCAAUGGAGAGACAAACAUUGUUUGUCUUCUGACAACUCCAACACCAGCAAAUUUGUGGGAUACAGAUUCAUAGGUAACCAAAUUGAUUAUGGUCGCAUCAACAAGAUCAACACAGUUGCAGAGUUUUCUACUACAGGGAGAUUACAAGAUCAAUCCAUGAACUACGUUCAACACCACCCAUUGUCGGAUCAGAAAGCUAGCUGCAUUAUGCAACAAUCUUCUCUGUUAGAGAGUUCUGCAUCAAGAAAUCAUUGCCAAGAACCAGACUUGCUCUCCUCGUAUACCUUGGAAAUCGAGAGUCUUCUCCAAGGCCCUCCAACUCAACAACCACAGCAGAUCUCAGGAGACUCUUUGCUAGACCAGCUGGAAUCUUGGGGUUCCUCUGCAAAUGCACUUCAUUUCCACGAUCCGACAACAGCCUCUUCGGUGCUUCAUCCUCCCAUUCAAGAUUUUCCGUUGCUGCUGCUGGAGGAACCCGAAAAUGGUUUCUCCGAACAAACUCCAUCGGGUUUCUUUGAUGAUAUCUUUCAGCAGCAUUGUUCUCCUGUUACUACACCACCAUUGGCUGAGAUGUUCCAAAAUUUAGACGAUGUUUUUGAUCGAAACACAUACGAUCAGAUUGAUAUACAAGAAUUUGAUGAAACCUAUUUCAGUCAAGAUGAUUAUACAUAUAGCAACGUUGCUUAUUAG